AUGUAAUGUUGCCAAAAUGUUGAGAGAAAAAGGCUUGACUGAGCGCGCUCACGCACCAUCCUAACUCCAACCUGCUCUCUCUCUCUCUCUCUCUCUCCCUCUCAUCAAUAUGCAUCUCCAAGCAUUCCCUCCAUUUCCAUCUUCUGCAGGGAAUGUGUUAUUUUUUGUGCGGCAUCAUCUAUACAAGUGGAAAAGUCAUAUUAGAAUUGACAUGGAUGGGAAAUUUGCGGGGGGUCAAUUUUCCCCAAAGAAAUUGAGAGGAGGAAGGAGAUGUUUCUCAAGAAGUAUUGGAGGAGCUUCUAUUUCUUGUUCAAAUAGUAUGGGGAAGGAUCCGUAUGUUCCUUCUAAUGAAAAGAUCACUAAUGCAAGGCCGAUUUAUGCUGUUGCUCCUGCCAUGGGUCACAACCAGGAGUCCCAUCCAGAAUCUAAUUUUAGAGUUCCUGCAAUUGUUAAUGCUCUUGAAAAGAUGGAACUGACUCCAAAGAUCCGUGGCUCAGAGAUCAUUGAACUUCACAAUUUCAAGCCUGCUUCAAUAGAUGACAUUGCAAGUGUUCAUGCAAGAGCCUAUGUAUCAGGCCUUGAGAAGGCAAUGGAUCAGGCUUCACAAGAGGGUAUUAUAUUCAUUGAUGGUUCUGGGCCAACAUAUGCUACUUCCACUACAUUUCAUGAGUCACUAGUUGCAGCUGGAGCAGGAAUCACCUUAGUUGAUUCAGUGGUUGCAGCAUCAAAAAAUUGCCUGGAUCCACCUGUGGGCUUUGCUUUGAUAAGACCUCCAGGACAUCAUGCUAUUCCAAAGGGGCCUAUGGGGUUCUGUGUUUUUGGAAAUGUGGCCAUUGCAGCUCGUUAUGCCCAACGUGUACAUGGGUUGAAGCGUGUGUUUAUCAUUGAUUUUGAUGUUCACCAUGGAAAUGGGACUAACGACGCUUUUUAUGAUGAUCUGGAUAUAUUUUUCCUUUCAACUCACCAAGAUGGAAGCUACCCUGGUACUGGUAAAGUUGAUGAGGUAGGUCAUGGAGAUGGCGAAGGAACAACAUUAAAUUUGCCUCUACCUGGAGGAUCAGGUGAUAUUGCCAUGACAACUGUGUUUGAUGAAGUUAUUGUACCCUGUGCUCAAAGUUUUAAGCCGGAUAUAAUUCUUGUUUCUGCUGGGUAUGAUGGUCAUGUAUUGGAUCCACUAGCCAGUCUGCAGUUCACAACGGGAACAUACUACACGCUAGCGUCCAAUAUUAAACAACUUGCCAAAGAUCUAUGUGGGGGUCGAUGUGUGUUUUUCUUAGAAGGGGGAUACAAUCUCGAUUCUCUUUCAAACUCAGUGGCAGAUUCAUUUCGUGCUUUUCUUGGGGAGAGGAGUUUGGCAUCUGAGUUUGACAACCCUGCCAUUUUGUAUGAUGAACCAUCAACCAAGGUUAAGCAAGUGAUUCAGAGGGUGAAGCACAUACAUUCCCUGUGAAGAUGUCUAAACCUGUAGUUGUAUGUAUCAGUAAGUUUUAAGUAGUUCACUUGAUUCCAUGUACAUUUGGAAGUUUUCUAUAUGCAUAACUCCUACAGAUAUGUCAUAUGUCCCACUUCAACACAAAAUUGGAUUUCCAAUUAAAAAAAAAAAAGUAUAGUAUGGUUAAGAAUUUAUGAGUUAAAGUACUUUGUCCAAA